AUGCUCAUUUGCCCCACCGUGUCUUCGCCGAUCUGCCGGAUUUUCUCUUUGUUUUUCUCUCAGUUUCUGCUUUGUUUUUUAUUUAAAUUGGGUAGGUCGCAAGAGACCAAUUCUGGAAACAUGAAAAACGCCUUUACAGCUAAGAGCAACCGCAGGAGGGUAAAGUCAUGGAUGAAGAACCAUCCCAUGGAAGGUGACGACAUCAUCACCUCCUUCUAUGAUCUUUUGUGUAAACGAGAUCCCAAAACAAUGAAACCAUGCCGAAAUGUCUUUGUUCCUGACACAGUGGUAUACGAACAUAACUUUCCUCGUGGAUGGUACACAACUGAUGUGAGGGGCCAGGAAAUCGUGCGGCGGCAGGGAAAGGACUUGGAUGCAGCCACAAUUGAGUUCGGCUUCAGCCGCGAAGUCGCGGAGAAUUUUCCCAUAGUGGCCACGUACUUGUCCAUCCACGAAGAAAUUUUGGACAACGGCGUAACGGAGACAACAACACGGGUGCAGGUGUUGAACAAGGACGACAUUGGUGCUUUUGUCGCACGAAAAAACAAGAGCAACGGCAUACUUCAGCGAUUUGUCUUCCCUAAGGGUUACCACAACAGUGUGAUCAAAGUUGUCUGGAGCCCGCGUAUAGCCAUGAUUCAACGACGUACAAACAAGUACCCCAUUAAAGACAGAAAGCGUGCUGAGAGUGAUCCCUUCGUCGUUACAGUGACGUAUGAGGGGCCGGAGUACCUUAGCGAGGAGAGCGGUGUCUCCGCUCACGUAGCAUUUGAGGUAAAGAACGUUUGCGCGGAGAUAAUCAAGCACUUCUUUCACGCGGAGCACAAAUAUAUUACACGCAUGGUUUUGUACUUUAAGAGCGAUGGGAAAGAUCGGCUGUGGCUCUUGUGGUGUGGCUCACUGCGUGUGGCAGAGAGGGCCACACAGUGUCAUAUGCCUAUGAACCUUGCACCACGGUUCGGAGAGCCCAUGCGUGAGGGUUCGCUUAGCGAGCAGGAGAUGUUGCGCCGAGUUGACAAGGCAUAUUAUGUGAUCACUAGGGAUGGACCGUUCUGUGAUGCGUACCUCCGCGGCAAUGACAGUCGUUCCGAUGUAAGCUCUGAUAGACGAAGCACACGAGGAGCAAAGGCGCGUGAUUGUUUUCUUUCCGAAGGUAAGGAAUCCGAUUCUCUUCAGUCUAAGAGAUUUGUCGAGGAAGAGGAUCUCCCACCUGAGCUGGAGAACCUUUUGGUAGAAAUGAGAAAACUCGAAGAAAUGGUACUGGAGACGUUCGCAGACAAAUUCUACAAUGCUUACAGCUACUUUUUAGGCUCGACCUACCGGCCGUUUGAACUUGUGGUGCCUCCCAACGUGGUAAAUGUCCUUACACAGAGUUCCACACGUGAACUCAUGGAAUUUCUCAUGUUGGAGAAGAAGCCGGAGGCAGAGGGGAAGGCACCGGCUCGGCCUGAAGGGGGUGCUGCUGCCGUCGGCGCUGAUCCUGAGGGCGCCGAAGUCACUGAAGAAUCUCGGGUCCAGAUGGAGGCAGACACUAGCGAGCGACCAAUGGUAUUUUUUAUUCCAGAGAAGCAUCGCCUGCCCAUUUCCUUACUGAGGGAAAGGACAGAGAAGUGGAUAAAAGAACUCUUUAGCUCACGUUAUGACGAGGUCAGGAAGGAUUACGUGGGUCACACAGAGGGGGCGCACCAUCCUGAGGGUGGGUCCACCGAGAGUGACAACAGAGCCAACGUAAAGAACGCUGAGAAAUUUCCUUCUGAGGGUGCGGAGUUGUGA